GGCUGGACGAUACCUCCAUCACAACGACUGCAAUUCGCCGCCGAUGCCGCCGAAGGACUCAGCAUCCUUCACAGCGUGAACAUCAUCCACUCGGACCUCAACUCGUGGAACCUCCUCGUCGACGACGACUUCCGACUCUGCAUCAUCGACUUCUCCGGCUCAACCAUCGACGGCUCGCCCGGCUCGGGAUUCGAGGGAUAUCGAUACCGGCUUCCGCGCUCAUACGAUGCUCCGUCGACUGUACGGACGGAUCUGUUUGCGCUCGGAUCGGUGCUGUAUGAGAUUGUGACGGGUGAGAUGCCGUAUGAGAGGUAUGAGGAUCAGGAUGUAAUUCAAUGUUUUGAGCAAGGAGUUUUCCCACCGACUCAAGAUGUGCUUCUUGGUAGGAUCGUUUUGGGAUGCUGGAAAGGUGCUUAUGAGUCGGCUGAGGCUGUGCGGGAGGAUAUU